AUGGCGUGUUUCCAACAAAACUCGAAAGGAGGGAGACUUGGCGAAUGCGCAAGACCGGAAAUUCUGCUGCACAGCUGCGGCAAGAGGUAUUCAAGAGGCGUGAAGGGACAGCUGGAUAUCGCGGAGGCGUCCUCUACAGCUGGCACAUCAAGAGCUUGGGAGGCGUUGACACCAGCACUAUCAGAAUGGAUCCUCGACUAUGUAUCGAGCAGAGGCUUCAAACAGAUGACUCCAGUACAGGCUAGCACAAUUCCACUGUUCCAGCAAGGGAAAGAUGUUGUGGUUCAGGCUGUCACAGGAAGUGGAAAAACGCUAGCGUUUCUGAUACCUUUGGUGCAGCGACUGCUCCGUGUUGACGAGCCCACACGCAAGCAUCAUGUUGCGGCGAUCAUAAUAUCGCCGACCAGAGAGCUUGCGAAGCAGAUCCACACCGAGCUGAUAUCACUGCUGAGAUUCCACGGACCCUCUGCUGCAGCCUUACGGACUCAGGAUGACGACUCUGAUGCUGAGAUGGAUGGGGACGUACCAGAACCCGCAUAUCCUGCAUCAACGCCAAAGGUCGUUUCUCAAUUACUAUCUGGUGGCAAGAACACGAAGCCGGCCCAAGAUUUGAGUGCAUUUCUCAAGAUCUCACCUAAUGUCCUUGUUGCCACCCCAGGUCGCCUGCUUGAAUUACUUUCAUCGCCGUAUGUGCACACGCCACAGUCCUCCUUUGAGGUCUUGAUCAUGGACGAAGCAGAUCGGUUAUUGGAUCUUGGCUUCAAGGAUGAUCUGCAGAAGAUCUUGCAGCGGCUCCCCAAGCAGCGCAGGACCGGUCUAUUCAGCGCUAGCGUAGAGAAAGCCGUUGACCAGCUCCUGAACGUUGGUCUCCGCAACACCAUUCGUGUCACCGUCAGCGUUCGUGGAGAAACAGGGAAGCUGGACAAAAAAACGCCUGCCAGCCUCCAAAUGACCUAUCUAGAACGUUCACCUUCACAAAAACUUCCCACCGUCAUCAAACUUCUCAAGACCCUUAAUCCAACACCACAGAAAACGAUAGUAUACCUUUCUGCCUGUGCUGCUGUUGACUAUUUUCAUCAUAUGCUUCAAAUCCUGCUCCCCAACUUCGCAAUUCUUCCGUUACACGGUAAAUUGAGUCAGCACAUUCGCGAGAAGAAUUAUGCCAAGUUUGCCGACUCUCUCGCUCCCUCAAUCCUUCUUACAACCGACGUCGCCGCACGUGGUCUUGACAUUCACGCCCUCGAUCUUGUCAUACAAUUAGAUCCGCCGUCGGAUCCAAAAACAUUCAUACACCGUUGCGGUCGCGCUGGACGUGCUGGACGUGCUGGGCUUGCCGUGCUGUUUCUCACACCACAAGAAUGUAUGCCUUACGUCGAGUAUCUGGAUGUUCAGCGCACACCCAUCCGGCCAUUGACGCACCCGGACGUGUCCGUCACGGCGACCGACGCGGAGGAUGUGACGUCGAAGAUGCGCAAGGAAGUUUUGACCGAUCGCGCGCUGCAUGAUAAAGCCCAACGAGGCUUUGUGAGUACAGUGCAAGCGUAUAGCAAACAUGUUGCAAAGAGCAUAUUUCGCGUUGGAGACCUUGAUUGGACGGAGAUGGGUGCAGCCUGGGGACUACUGCGCUUGCCUCGCAUGCCGGAGCUGAAAGGAUGGGAAGGUGACAAGACACUCGGCGUGGUCUGUGAUUACGAUACGUAUGAAUACAAAGACAAGCAACGAGAGAAGGCGCGUAUCGUCGCUUUGGAAGCAUGGAGAAAUGGGGAUGGCAAAGUUGGAGAGGGCAAGGAAGAGCGAGAGAAGCGGGAAAGGAGAAGGGGAGAAAGUGUGGCGUGGAGUGAGAAGAAAGGAAGGUUAGAUAUGCGACAGGAACGACGUGAGAAAAAGCAUAAGCGGCGUGAGAUGGAACAAAUAGCGAAGAUGACACCAGAGCAGCGAGCAGAGCGCGAGAGACUCGAGAAGAUGAUUCAAGUUGUGAGGGAGGAAGUGAAAGGGGCUGAGAGCGAAUUCGAGGGGUUCAGCGACUAA